AUGAGGCCUGUUUUCUGUGGGAACUUUGACUACGAGACGCGUCAGUAUGAUCUGGAGCGGCUGUUCUCCAAGUACGGGAAGGUGGACCGCGUCGAUAUGAAAUCCGGUGAGACUCAAGAAUCUUCGGGUCAUUUUUUCCGGGUUUUCCCCUUGGGUAAUUAGUUUUUCGAGGCUAUUUUGUCUAAAAGGUUUCGGCUUUUUCUCGUACAAAGGGGCUCUGCCAUUCCUUGCCUGCAAAUUUUAAACUUCGAACUUUCUCCUGCCAUGUUCUCUAAUAGUGAGGCGAUAACAUCUGAUGCUCAUAUUGCAUUAUCCGUUUGAAUGAUCCAAUGAUCUUGUUCUCACGUGUUACUCCUGUACAAGUGCUCAUAUGAAGCAUUCACGUCUUGCAUCCUUAGCGUUUCAGGAAAGUCGUAGUUCGCUAUUUUUCAGACAAUAAGUUAUAUAUUAUAAUCCAUUUUGCGAACGUGUUUAUAGUGGAUAUGGCUUCUCGGACGUUAAAAGUAAGCUAAUCCAUGUAUGGUUUUUCGUAUAUUGAAUUCAAGUGGACAACCUUGAUUCUUUGCAGACUGAAAUUCACCAUUUCUUUCUAAGUUAAAUAUAAUUUUCAAGUGUACAAUUUUGGUGUCUAAUGACGCCUUCAUCUGAACUAUUGCCCUCCACAUCCUGGUAAUAAUUGCUAGUGGACUGUGGCUACCUAAGAAGCUUUUUACCGUCUGUCUUGAAAAUAGCCUGAGAAGCUCAGGUUCCUUUGGAAAUGUGUUUUCUGACGUCAGGUUGUUUCUUAGACCUUUAUGUCGUAUUCUGAAAAUUCAAAAGGUUUUUAUCAGGCCCGCGAAUCACAUAUCCCUAUCAAUCAGUCUUGUGUAUGUGUCCAUAAUGGUUCGAAUAUAUUUCUUGCCAAUUGAUUCUUAGAGUAUUUCUGGGGAGAUGUUGAAGUGAUGUGAGCGACAUGUUGUGCCUACCAUUAUUCCCUGGCAACGGCAAUAAGUAUCUGUGAUGAUAAAUUUCUUGAAAGGUUGAGUCGUGCUGUUGUUAUACCCUAAAUGAUUUCAAAAAAGAGACUCUCGCUGUUUUAACUAUCAAAUCAUUUUCACAACUUGUGGGAAUCUUACCAGUGUAAUACAUACAUAAUUAUUUUUAUUUAUUUAUUUUUAUAUUUUUUUUAAGAGAUUGUGUAGGAGUAUGUGCAAUUUAGGUGUUGGAUAUCAUUCCUUCGCAUGAGAAGAAAGACAUCAAGUUGGUUGACCUUAAAUUUCAAUGUAAGAGGGCUUUUUUCACCUUUCGUGGGAAGGAUCAGCAGUUUGUAGCUACUGUUUCCCUCUUUUCAGUUUUCUUUACUGGGGUGCCAGUUUUGUAGUGGGUAAGCUUGACUUCAGUUCCCUUGCAUGACAGAGAAGAAAUAUAUUAAGAGUAAGAUUACUACGUUUGUGAUGUCAAUUAGACAUGGAAUAUUGAAUUUUUUUUUUGACGCAGGAACUCCUAAGGGAAGUCAUGCUCUAACUGGGCUUCCCCAGCGUUCCGUGCAAAUGCCAAAAAACCUUCCAUGCCAAGGAAACCAUCAUGCCAGCACACCGGCAUCUUACAUUCUCAUCCAGCACUCUUCAUUACCUUCACAUGCUCAUCCGUAGCUGACCCCUGCCUUGUUUGCCAAGAAUUAUCAUUGAGGAGCCAUGCCACUACCGGAAGUUUGAUCUGUUAUUAAUGGCGAAUCAUGCUCGGCAAUGCCUUCUCAGUUCUUGGGCUCUAACUUUAGUGACAUCAUGAUUUAGUUCUUCAUGCGAGGCUCCAUAUUCACAUACUUAUUUCACCAGGGAACCUCCCAUAUGUGCAGGUGUUGUACUUACUUCUCUGUUCUCACAGGAACUAGUAAAAUCCUGUACUAAAUGCAAUACGGAUAUGGUAACCAGAAACAGAAAUCUGGAUGCGUGCUGCGUUCUUUUCCGUGUUAUAAUUUUUCAUAUUUGUCCAGGCUUUGCAUUUGUCUACUUCGAUGAUGAAACUGAUGCUGAUGAUGCAAUUCGAGGGCUUGAUGGCACACCUUUUGGCUAUGGCAGACGAAAACUUUCUGUGGAGUGGGCAAGGGUAAUUUUGUGAUUCCGUUUUAGUAACAUGCUCUAAUUUUUAAUUUUUAUAUUGGCAUACAAUAAUAAGCAACAAUCGUGGUCUCUUUUCAGCAGGGUGACCGUGGUCCUCGGCAUCGUGAAGGUUCCAGAUCAGGAUCAAGCAUGAAGCCAACUAAAACCCUAUUUGUCAUCAAUUUCGAUCCGAUCAAUACGAGGGUCCGGGACAUCGAAAGGCACUUCGAACCCUACGGCAGGGUCUUGAAUGUGCGAAUCCGCAGGAAUUUUGCCUUUGUCCAGUUUGAGACACAAGAGGAUGCCACCAAUGCCCUCGAGCACACAAACUUGAGGUUAGUUCUUGAUUUAGUCAACUCGAUCUUUCUCAGGCAUUGUUACCGAAUUCGAUGUCACCUUCAAUUUCAUUUAUUUUUCUCUUUGGCAUCAUCGCAUGGGUUUUAUGUGUUUGAAUUUCCAAUCAUUCCCUAUAAUUUCUUUCUUGUAUUCUAGCAUUAUAGUGUAUUAAUUAAACCCGAGGUUUUAUAAUUUCUUUAUGGAGCCAACAAUGACCCAACCUCCCCAAAACGUUCUGCAGCAAGAUCAUGGAUAGACAGGUGUCCGUAGAAUACGCCCUCAGAGACGAUGAUGAGCGAGGAAGCCGACGCGACAGCCCAAGAGGCCGGCACGGCGACGGGGCCUACGAUCGUUCUCCCAGCCCGCAACGAUAUAGGAGCCGCCCAAGCCCGGACUACGGUCGCCGGCCGAGCCCUGACUACGGGCGUCCCCGCAGCCCCGCCUACGACAAAUAUGACGACGGCCCCGGCGGCGCCUAUGACCGGAAUCGUAGCCCCGAGCCCCCCAGAUACAGAAGGUAAGGACCCUUCCUUCAGCCCAUAUGAAAAAAUAAAUCUCACCUUUGGUAUAAUUCCUCGCCUGAUCACGAUAGCCUUUCCCAUUUGUUUCCCUUGUGGCAGCCGAUCCCCGGCGCGGAGGUCCAGGAGCUGA